AUGCCGUUCGGAAUCCUCGACUGCAAAAAACUGGAAAAUGUGCCUGGCACGUCUUUCAUGAGCGAUCAGGAUGACCUACCACCGGAGUAUGCAGAGGUACCGCGAGAGCUGUUGAAGCAUGGCAAGGGCAGGUUUUCAAACAUCAUCUUGAUUCCUCAACCGUCGGACUCUCCCAACGAUCCCCUGAAUUGGCCACAAUGGAAGAAGGAAAUGAUUCUCCUCAUCGUUUCACUCUCCGCUGCCGUCGUGGGCGCGUUCGGCCCCAUGUUGAGUCCUGGUUUCGUGGAGAUCUCGGCUCAACUUCACAUCACCGUCGAAAUCCUGUCCCAGGCUACCGCGUGGUUGAUCCUCACCAUCGGACUCGGACUGUUCUUGACCAAUCCUCUGGCCAAGAUAUAUGGGAAGAGGCCAAUCUAUAUUCUUGCGAGCUGCAUCAUGUUCGCUUGUUCUGUUUGGGGUGCAAAGGCUGGCAAUUAUAGCAGCUUUUUGGCUUCCAGGGUCAUCAGUGGCGUGGGAAUGGCGCCGUAUGAGGUCCUUGUCCAAUGUACAAUUGGUGACCUUUACUUUGUUCAUGAAAGGGCUACUCGAAUCGCAGUGUGGAAUUUGUUUCUCCUGACAGGAAUCUCUGGUGGCGCCUUAGUUGCUGGAUACAUAAUCGAAUAUGACGGGUACCAGUGGACCUUCGGAGUAUGCGCCAUCAUGUUCGGUGUGCUCAUGUUCGCUGUAUUCUUUCUUGUCCCCGAGACCACGUAUCGCCGAGACGCUGUCGUGGUGGUGCCGGUGGCAGAUACCGUCGCCACUGACCCCGAGAAGCCGGGUGUUCAACAUGUCCACAUGAAGUUGGGGCACGAACAUGACAUCUCUCAAGCUCGAGGAGAGAAGGACAAACAUCUAUCUUACACAGUCACACGUGGUUCGAACGAACCCAAGAUGUCGUUCUCGCGGUCGCUGAGGGUUUUCACUGGCCGAUAUAGCUAUGCCCCGAUCUACAAGAUCUUUACCCGGCCGGUGUUGCUCUUCUUUUAUCCAGCGGUAUUUUGGGGUUUCCUCAUGUAUGGCACCACCUUGACUUGGAUUGUGGUAUUCUCUGUGGUCAAUGGAGUGAUAUUUGUCGCUCCGCCUUACAACUUCUCGGUGUCGCAAGUCGGGUUGAUCAGCUUGUCGCCAUUUAUCUUGACGUUAAUCGGAGAGGUCAUCUCUGGUCCUCUUAACGAUGCAAUUUGUCUCUACUUGACGAAGAAGAACAAAGGAAUUUACGAACCUGAAUUCCGACUGGUGCUCAUCAUCGUUGUCAUCAUCCUCGGCACGGUUGGAUUCUUUGGUUUCGGGGCGACUGUGCAUUACCAGACGCACUGGCUGGGACCAGUCUUGACAUUUGGGUUUGCGAAUAUGAGCCUGGCCUUUGCAUCGACCUGCGUCUUUGGUUACGUGAUCGACUCCUACCCCAAGUUGAAUGAGGAAGCAUUUGUUGCAAUCAACGCCCGGAAUCUCUUGACCUUUGGCCUGACAUACUUUGUCAACAACUGGCUAGCGCGAGAUGGCCCCUUGGAGGUGUUUUGCAUUCUAGGAGCUCUCUUCUUGUUUGUUUGUCUCUUGACAAUCCCUCUCUGGAUAUAUGGCAAGAGAAUUCGAUCUCGGAUUGGUCGGACGGCCUGGCUUCAACGGUAUAUGAAUGACGACUUCUAA